AUGGCAGGUGAUUAUGACAUCGCCCUCAUCUCCGAGCCAUACGUUGGCUCUGGAGAUCAGGUUAAAUCAGUGAUUGGAAUCGACACAUACCAGUUCUUCACGGGCAGCAGGAUUAAGGCUUGCAUCCUGGCAAAACCAGGAUGCGGGUCCAUCUUGGGAUUAUCUCAGUUUUCAACAUCCAACUUCUGCGUUAUCAAACUUACUACUGGAAAUCGCAAUAUUUAUAUUGCAUCUAUAUAUGUGGAACCAGGCAGGGACGAGCUAGCAACGCUCGAUAAAUUAGAUGUCUUUCUUAAAGACACAGGUGAUGUUCACAAGAUAGUGGGGGGUGAUCUCAAUGGGUGGCACCCAACUUGGGGAAGCGGGAAAACUAACUUACGGGGUAACGAAAUCAUAGAUAUUAUACAAAGCAAUGAUAUGUAUGUAUGUAACGUUGGCAACGUACCCACGUUUGAAACGGUCACCCACGGGCGAGAUCGCUCUUCAAUAAUCGAUCUCACAUUUGUUUCUGGCUCCAUCAUUGAUUACAUCUCGGAAUGGCGUGUUAAUUUGAAUAUCUGCCCAACUUCCCAGCAUAAUGCUAUAGACUACUGCAUUGAUUUCAACACAACCGACACAACACACACUCACCAGAAUUCCACUUUUUUAUACAAAUCAAACAAAGCCUGUUGGCCUAUUUUUAAGGACAAACUGCACACUCACAUGACACUCACAAACAUACUUGAACAGAACAUUUCUAUCUUGAACGUUGAUGAUCUGGAUCAGGUCAUCUCCGAGCUCACUAAUGUGAUCCACUCUGCAUGCCGGGCAAGCAUGCAUGUUAAAGGCCGGGGAACAAAGCCGAAGGCUCCUUGGUGGACGGAGGAAUUGGAGACCAUCAAGCGGGGAAGUGGUGGAUUUGCACCACCAGCUUCAUGCUGCUAA